GUAAGAUGGUUUCUAAAAAGCGGCAUCCGGGAUUUCCAACUGGGUAUCUUCUUGUGAAGUCAGCAUUGUUGCUACCAGCCGCCACUGCAAGUGUUGAGAGAGUGUUUUUCGGCAAUGAAUUACGUGAAAUAUACUAUUCGGAGUCGAAUGAGUGAUGGUAUCAUGGAAUGAUUUUUUGGUAGGAUGUAUUGAGAGUGGCAUGAAUGUAUUUUGCAGACUUUUCAAAAUAUGAGAACCCAUCGUGGGUCACUAUAAAAAAUUGUCAUAUAAUUUUUUUAAAUUGGCACCCCCUUACCCUUUGGGUACGACACUGGUCAGCUCCAUUAGUACGAUAUUGUCCACUACUUUGGAGCAAGUCCUCACGGUUUUACUUUUGGAUAUCCUACUAAUGAGCUUGAUGGACACUUACACACAUUCAAUGAUCCCUUUUCUUGUAUUACCGUGGUACUUGGAUUAUGAAUAUAAUUUCUUUUUCCAUGGACAUCAUUUUAAUUAGGCUGAAAUUGGUCUGACCCGUCCCUGGUCCUGUCUGACUCGUUCCUGAAGGGUCAAGAUGUAUAACUAACUUGCACCAACCCUGUUUCUUUCAUGACCCUGUCUGGCCCUUUAGGGUCGGGGCGGGUCAAGAAGGGUCGGGUUAGUGGGUCGACCCUAAUAAAUACACUACUUCUCUAAAAAUUACAAUUUGGUACCCAAAUUUAUUUCUUCUUACAUUUUAGUACCUAAAUUCAAUUUUUUUUACAAAUAAGUCCCAAAAUUUGAUGGUAACAUUAUGAUUUGGUACCCAAAAUUUUUAUUUUUACAAUUUUAGUACCUAAACUUUUAAAAUUUUACACAUAGGUCCAACGUGUUUGUAUGACGCUAAGGGUCAUAGGGUCAAAAAGUGACCCGACCCUAAAUUGACCCGACCCUACAUUACCCUAACCCGACCUUAAACUGACCCGACCCUAAACUGACCCUGUACCUAAACUGACUCAACCCAACCCUGAGGGUCGGGGCGGGUCGGUGGGUUUAAAGGGUCAAACUUACACCCCUAAUUUUUAUUGAUAAUGUUUUUUUUUUAUGCUACUGACGGAAAUUUUCCACAAUAUAAUAAUCCAACUCUGUAAUUGUUUUUUUGUUUAAAAGUGUAGGUUUUUAAAGCUAACUUGUAGUAAAACUAACAGAGAAAAAAUGUUCGAUUGUAGCCAAAAACAAACAACCCCUUAAAAAGUUUAUCAAACUGAAUUUGUUCUGUCCGGCCACACCAGAAAAAACACAUGGUAAGCCAGCCGGCCGAUGGUUUUGUUGCAGCAAUGCCGAUGAGGACAGAACACGACGACGAUCGAGCCAAUGAAAAAAAAGCAGAGAAUCCCAAAAGGGCAAUAAACCCACAAACCAAAACGUACAGCGAUUGCAUAUGAGGGAAGAAGAUGGGGGAAAGCUUUACCAUUUGAUGACCCCGCCGGUGAGUUAUCUAAUCGCGACCACCGGGCGGCACGUCCCGGUAUUUGGGAUAUAAGUAUUAGAACCAGAGGUUUGCUAGCUCCGAUCUGUUUGGCGGGCAAAGGGAACCAAGAUGACUGCAGGGAGCCCGUGCCUACUUUGCUUUGCUUUUUGUUUCGAUCGAAACCAUGAAUUAAUACCCCUCCAAAAGAGACAGUGAGUUAAUUAGAGAACAUGACGUCUAACUGCACAACGCCAUUGGUUUGAGACGUGGAGAGACAUAAGCCUAACACCAAACCAUACAUAUGAUAUAGCCAUAUAGGAAUCUCAAUGUCGGGAGAGGGCGUAUCCUAUGACUAGGGGCUAAGCGCUUUGAUUUGGAUACAUCGAUCUAACGAUUAAAAAAAUAGGAAGUUAAUUAGUAAUAGAGAGGUAAUUUGGGUAUUAUGAAAAAUUACGAAGUAUAUACAAACCAGAUUUACAAACAGUACAAAUUAUAUAAACAUACAAAUUAAACAAUACAAACUAAAACGACAAAACAUACAAACUAGACCGAAAAACAAUACAAAUCAUACAAAAUAUAAAAAAACAAUCAUAUUGACUUUGGAAGCUCGGUCCCUAUAUAGAGGGGUUUCGUCCCAAAGCCAAUCCGGUUGUUUUUUAGACAGACAAAUAGAGGUGGCAAUUCUCAAUCCAAUCCACCAUUUCAAUCCACCAACCCAUUAAAUACAUCCACCUAAUCCAAUCCAUUUGAUUCAAAUCCAAUUGGAUUUGUGGAUUCAUCCAUGAAUUCAAAUGGCAAAUUACAAUUUGGUACCUAUACUUUUUAUAUUUUACAUUUUGGUACCCAAAAUUUAAUUUUUCAUACGAAAAAUAUCAUUGGAAAAUUACGUUUUGGUACCUAAAAAUUUUCAUUAUGACAUUUUAGUACCUAAACUUUUCACAUUUUACAUAUUGGUCCUUGGUUGAGGAUGUCAUUUGGAUUCAUGGAUAAUCCACAAAUCCACUUGAUCCAAUCCAUGAAUCCACCAAUCCAUUUGAUCCAUGGAUCAAUCCAUUUGUCACCUCUACAAACAAACAUUACAAAUGUGGUGGACAAAAAUGACAAAUUAGGCCGACAAACCAUACAGAAUGGAAAAACAGUCGGGGUUGCCCAUUCACGUGAUGUUGUGCUUUAAGUUGCUCCUAAUGUUGUGCUGAAGAUUUGGAUAAACAUUUGGAUUGCUUUUGAUGGAGUAACUGGGAGGGGGCAAAUUGCAUGCAUUAAGUUCCGUGGUAGAUCCUUUUGAGCACUUUAAUCAAGUCCUGCUUGCUAAAGUGGCUUGAUAGAUUCUAGAGGGUUCAGGGUCUCUCUAGCUCAAAUAAGGGUCAGUAUAGUGUAUGUCAUUUUUAACCAAAUUUGGAUUAUACUAUUUAAAUGAUAAUGAAUGAAAUAAAAUAAUUUUAGUGACAACCGUAAAUUUUUUUAGUAAUUCCAAUGAUCAAACUUGCAAUUUACCCUUGUUAUUUGUUAAUACAAGUAAUGGCUGGAAAAAAAAAAGUAAGGGCAAUUAUGGAAAUCGGAUUAUUAUUGACGGGUCGGCUCAACUCCGACCCGGCCCCGUAACGGAGUCUCGUGGAUUGAACGAGGGGAAUUUCGCAGAGGGAAGCUCGAAAAGAGAAAGAGAAAAAAUCUGAUCACAUAACUGUAUAACAUCACCUGCCGGCCGCCGCUGCUUUCUUCUACAUCCCCUAACGCCGGCGAAGUAAGUCUCUCUCUCUCUUUUUCUGUGGGUAGUUUCGUGAUUGGUAAAGGACGGGAAAUUUUCCAGUGCUGUGGAUCUCUCUGUGAAUAAGCUUCGUUCCAGAUUUGAUCCCCCCCACACUAAGAUUGGUUUUAGGGAUUCAUUAUUGUAGAAUUGAAACCUUCAGCCAAGCCUAGGUAGUUAGGGUCCAGCGGAAGAGUUUCUGAUGCGGUGAAUGAGAUUGAAUUCUUGGUUUGAUUGCUUCUUUGUAUGCAGUUUUGUAUUCGCAUUUCAGGUUACUUUGGCAGAUGAAUUUCAUGUCUUGGUGUCAGUUCUAAGUUUUCUUCUUCUGGGGUGUUUAUUUCUAGCCCAUAUAGAAUGUGUUAAGACCUUUGUAUGCUAAUUUGCUAAAGGGCUCAUUUUUUUCCUUGUUCAUUGGUUUACUAGACAUGCUGCGGUGAGCAUAUUCUUAUUAACAUCUGAGCUGUGUCGCUUGAUUUGGGCACUUUUCUUUGUCGUUGCGGAAGUUUAACUCUGGAAUUGAAAUGAAUGUUCUUUGAUGGUCUUAGAUACAGUUCUCAAACUGAGCUUAGUAGGGUUUUGGCAGUAUGUUUGGAUUCCGGCUAAAGCAGUGCUCUUUCAGUUUCGAGCCGGUGCAACACUUGGUUGCUUGUGAAGUUUAUGAGGGGGCAUGCUUGGGAAUAGAAUGGAUCUCUUCUCAUUUUGAAUAUACAAUGGAGUGGUUUGUUCAGUGAAUUUGUUUGAUGGCCAUGGUUUCAGUAGUUAUUGGGUGGAGAAAGAUCCAAAAAUGGUUGGCAAUAUGUGGAAAUAUGGAGUUCUGUACAUUCUCUUCAAACUUUUUCUGCUUAGUUAGUUCCAAGAAAUUGUUUGAUGGUCAACGCUUCUGUAGUUAUUGGGUGGAGAAAGAUCAGAAAAUGGUUAGCAAUCUGUGGGGAAAUGGAGUACUAUACGUUCUCUUCGAACUCUUUCUACUCUGCCUUUAUCAUGUAAAACCAAACUUCACUGUGCCGUUGCUCCUGCCUAGAGCAAAGUCUGUGUGUCACUAAGCGUGAUUCAUUUUCUCAUCAGUUGAUUUAUUUGGACUAAUCGUUCCUUCUGCAGGUUCUUUCCAUUCUCUUGUUAGUUUGAUCAGGCUAUUCGAACCUUGAUACAAGAUCAGCAAAACAGGCUCAGAAGAUGCUGCGCACAGAAGUACUAACUGCCUACAAAUCUCUGCUGAGAGCUACUCGUAAAUCAUUUGCUGGUGACCAGUUGAUGUUGAAUGGUUCGGCAAUGGAGAUCAGGAAGAAAUUUGAUGAGAACCGUCAAGUUACCUCUGAGGCUGAAAUCAGAAGGCUCCUUGAAGAGGCAAAUGAAGCUUGCCAUUUCAUAUCAACCAUGAUUGUUCAAGCUAAAUUGAACGAACGGGGUGGCUAUGAGGUGAAGCCCAGCAAGGAACAUGCUGAUGCAACACUCGAGGUUCCAACUGAGGAGCUUCUUCGCAAGACCAGCUAAUGACGAUUUUGAUUCCUACCCUCCAGGGUUCGAGUUAGGCAUAUGCGUCCAAAUUUUGUUAGGGGCCUGUAGAAACAAGUUGAGGAUGAUUUUUAGUUAUCUACCCCUUCUGCUGUUGUUUGUGGUACCUCUACUCAGUUCCUCGAAACAGAGUAUGUUUGUAAGAAUCACAGUUCACGGGAGGUUUUUCGCUGUAUUGACCAAUCCUUGAAGCUUUAUUCUCUUUUUUCUUCUGGUCGAUGAAUAACCAGAACUCUCAUUUUGUUGAGCAAGACGAUAGCUAGCGAAGAUUUUGGCUCUCUUGUGGCUGGUUGCUCCAGUGAAAUAGCUGUGUUGAACUAUAAGAUGCUUCCACAAAUGUGUUAACCAACCAUUAGUUUUCAUGCAAGAAAGCCAAUUCACUCUGCAACCUUACAAAAAAAUGUAGCAUUGCACAAACACUUUGACAUCAAAGUUCAAACAGCCUAAUAAAAUGUUGCGUAACGAUAUUACAGAGAAGACUUGUUCGAACGUUUUGGUUCAUGAAAUGUUUCUAAAUUGGAAACAAAGCUACAAGGGAAGA